AGACGACAUGGUCCAAAAAAAUCAUUACCCAUACCUAUUCAUCCAUAUUAUAGUAUACAUACAUUAAAUAGAUAUACAGUGGACCUAUGUUUGUGACUUUGUGUAUAAAUACACACGUACGACAUCAAUACUAAUUCUCUACAUUUUAUCUCACACUAAACCCCAAAAACGUCUCUCUCUCUUUCUCAUUCUCUCUCAUAAACAUGAUGAAGAAGAGCAAGCUGAUCACAAAGGCAUGGAAGCAAAUGUCAAGCAGAGUUGCCAAACACCACGUCGCCACUAAUGAUCAAUAUCAUAUACCACAUGACGUACCAAAGGGGCACCUAGUGGUGUACGUUGGUAAAGAAGAGGAAAGUUACAAGAGGUUCGUUAUAAAGAUCACGUUGCUUCACGAUCCCCUCUUCAGGGCUUUGCUUGAUCAAUCAAAAGAUGAAGCUUAUGACGAUUUCACUUCCGGAGAUUCCAAGCUUUGUAUUCCCUGUGAAGAAAGUCUCUUCCUUGAGGUCAUCCGUUGUGCUUCUCCUCGUUAUUCUUGAUGAGUCUUUGAUCACGAAGAGGGUUCUCCGUACUUCGAAGUUCUAACGUUUAGGGUUUUUGAUAAUGGGAGAGGAUCCA